ACAGUCCAACGCACCAACUAUCAUUCCACGGGUAUGUUUCAGUGACAGACAUUUUCAAUGAUAGCUCCAAUCGACUUUCGAAAAAAGUCCAAGUUUUGUUUUAACUUUCGAAAAUACCGAUCGAAUAAAAUUCUUCGAAAUCAACAAAACAGUACUAGAUGACUUUGGUACUUGCGAGUCAAAUAUUACGUUACGUUACGUUACAUGAGCACAUGUUAUCGAACUGUCAGUCAGCAAACAAAUUCAAAGAAAAAGAAACACAAAAUUUAAACUCUUUAAAUUAUUGCCGCAAGGAAAAAAAUAAAAUAAACAGAAAAUUCAUUAAAUGGAUGGAAUUUUGGGAAUUUUUCAAGGCAUUGCCACAACUGAAGGUGACAGCCUUGAUACCUAUCUCAAUGCACUCAACGAACAUCAAAGUUUUCGCUUAAAGGGAACCACUGGAAGCGAUCCUAUUGUCCAACACAUCACCUCAGUGUUAAGUAAGCCAGCGACACGUCGAGAAGGCUUAAUCCUUCUGCAAUGCUAUCUUGACCAGUGUCCAGUUGAUGCAUUGGAGCAAAAGGGUGUUUUGUGGAUGACUCUAGCUCUGAAAGCGUGCAAUUCUAAAGAAUCAGAAACUGUUGGAGAACUGGUCUAUGGUGUACUUAAAAACCUUGCAACAAAAAGUGUAGACAUUCCCGACUUAUCCAAGGCGUUUAUAAGUAAUUUCCUAAAUAAAAUUUACGAUUCCCUGAGCACCGUUGUUCCAUGUGCCUAUCAGUCGGCUUUGGAGUGCGUCGAAACUUGUUUGCGUCUGCAUCCAGGCCCCAGUGGUCCAUCACGUGGAUCGAUAGAGAAAUUUCUUUUCAAAUUCACUGAUUCCACAGAUGAAGUUUUAACAUUGUGGAGUGGGAAAUGUCUUCACCUACUGCAACAAGUUCGUGGCGGGGGAGUUCAAGGGAUCAGCCACAAGGCUGCUUGGCAAAGUUAUCAAAUGAAACUUCUCGGAAGUCUUCAUAGCCUUAUGGAUUCGGCUUUCUCGAACUGUACCGAAUUAUAUGAUGACUCAAUUGAGAAGGAUCAACUAAAUAUUGCACCUUUAGAAUUGAGUGAUGAACCAGUUAAGAGGGCAAUGCAAAUUUACAUUAGGUUUAGAAAUUUAGUUAAGUAUCUUAUUGCUGCUUUGCGUCAACCUUAUCCAGUUCCGAAAGCUAUAGCUCCGAAGAAAAUUCUCAAUCUCAUUACACGAGGACUAGGCGUUACAUGUCCUAUGUUGCAGAAGAAUAAAACAUCGGAUAACUUAGCAAUUGGGGCUUUGUUGCCGAAGAUGCAAACACACUUAUGGGAACUUCUUGAGGCAGCGAUCCUAACUUUGAAAUCACAUUUAGCUGUGUACCAUACGUCAAUCUUAGAAAUCAUACUCGAUACCCUCAAAUGGACAUCAUCUAAAAAGUCAACUGGUCAUAAAAAGCCUUACAUAUCCUUGAGGACUUGUGCUUACAAAGCUCUGAAUCUUUGGUGUAAUACAAUGAAACAUGGUAGUAGAUGCGAAAUAAUUGCCGAUAAUGUUAUCGAAGAAAUAAUGUUUGACAUUAGUCCCUUUGAAAAUGCCUUCACACUCAAGGUUAUAAGUGGUGCGAAGAAACACAUGUCGAAAAAAGCUCGACGUCAAUUGCACAAGGCUCAAAAUGACCAAUCAAAUUUGGUUCAAACUCAUUCUAAUGCCAGUGACUCACAGGCCAAAAAACAGCUCUAUAGCGAUGAAGGAAACCAACAACUCUGCCUAAAAGCUCUUCAAUGCCUUCGAAGUGUCUUCCUGUCAACUGGAUGUUUCCUUAAACCAACUGUCGUGAAGUCAACUCAACUGAAGAUUAUUGGCAUUUGCCUGGGGAUUUCCAAUGCGACAUUUAAAAAAGAACACUUGUACAAUAAUUACCUAUGCCGUGAGGAAGUCUACAAUGUGUUGUAUACGUUGACCCUAUCGCCCCAUCAUCUCUGUCCACCACCCACCCAAUUGACUAUAAAUCUUCUUCAAAAUGCCCAAAUCGAAGAUUCAAAUAUCAAAGUCCGCCAGACUUGUUCAAUGCUCUUGAAUAACAUCGAAAAAAUAAUCCAUCCCCAGAAAGAGAGUUUGAUAUUCCCUUCGGAUGUUCGUGAAAUAAAGAAUGCAUUCCAAAAAUUCGGAAAAGAAAAAUUACUCACUCAAGAUCCAAUGCUUGGAGGCGGUGGUUGUGAAUUCGAAGAAAACGAAGGCGACGAGGAAGAUGAAGAGGACGAAGAAAUAGAAAAAGACGAAGACGAAGAGAUGUUAGACUUGGAAAAUAUAACCACAGUAGUUGCCUUGGAAAAUUCGAAAACAUCAGAAACUAAAAAACCUUUAACAAUUUCUGUUGAUUUGACAUUAGAUGAAAGCUUAGUCAGACGUCCAUCGAUUCACUUGGAUUCAUCGAAUGAUUCGGUGGAGUUCAUUCCAGAAAAAAAGAAUGAGCAAAAAGUUGAAGAGAACAUUCUCGAAAUACCAAAGUCACCUGAGAUGAAUUUACGAGUGGAAGAAGAAGAUGAAGACGAUGAUGAUGAUAUCGAAGAAGUUGACGUACUUGAAAAGCCACCUCUAGAAAGUGCCAAAAAGGAUGAAGAAAAUACGGAGACUAAGGAGGAUCAGGAGGCAUCAUCACCUAAGAAGCCAAGAUUAGAAAUAUUAGAAGUAAUAACUGUUCCAGUCAAUCCAACAGCAAAUAAUAAUCAGCAAGAAGGGGAAAAACCAAAAGAAGAUAACGAGUUGAACUUCGAGGAAAUUGCUGCUACGUUUGUUGAUGAGUUACUUUAAAUCUAAUAUAAUUUUGUUUAUUUUUUUCUAUGUUUGCAUUACCGACGAAGAGUAAUAUUUAUUUCUUUGAAAAUAUAUUCUUAUU